AAACCCAAACACACGAAGAAGAAAGCAGAAACCUGCUGCUGGCGCACAUGUGCGCGCAUGGGCGAGGCGUGUGCGUGUCCGCGGCGGGAGCGCGCCUCGUGCUGCUGAUGCUGCGGAUGAUGAAGAGGAGGACGAUGAAGAGCGAUCAGAGCUUGGAUCCCAGCUGAUCGAUCAGAACUCUCAGGUUCUCUGGACCGGUUCUGCUCUCCGGACCGGGUCGCGGACCACGUGACGCCGCCGCUGCAGGUGACCCAGGUAAGCUGGACCGGAACUCCCGCUAAAAGUCUGCGGGGUGCAGCGGCGCGGCGCGCGGGAGCCAAGCAGCGCGAGCCAGGGUGGUUGUUAUGGUGAUGUUCGGCUCAGAGUCCGAACCAAACCGAACCGAGCUGAGGGAAGGACCCGGGUCAAACUACACGGGGGGUGAGGGGAGUGAGGGGGGUUGAGGUUCGGUUCUCCGAGUCCAACAGGAAGCAGGCAGCUUCCGGUUCGGCGGCUGAUCCAGAUCCAGCUGCGGGAACGGAACAGAACCGGCAGGUGAGCCUGGGAUUACUGCUCACUGAUUGGCUCUGCUGCUCAGAGAGGCAUGCGCGUGCGCGACUCACGUGACACCAACUUGUCUUUGUGUUGACAUGUGGAAUCAGCUGAGUGACGUAAAAACACACAAACUUUACCCAGAGCCAGCGAGAGCCAAUCAGAGAGCAGCCUGGGGUCACAUGGUCCAGGGCGUAGAACCGGGUUCUGGUCCCGGUGGGUCAGCCAUCAUGGACGGCCUAACGGGGUAACCCGCAGGUUAGAAGAUUAAUAUAAUUAUGGUCUUGUUGUUGUGUCUGACCGUCACCAUGACAACAAGAACCUGGCUUCACCUCUUUCCUUUCAUUAGCAGAAAAACUAGAAGAACGAAACCUCGUCUGUCCUCCAGGGUCCGGACCAGUUCGGAGAACAAGUUCUGGCAUUUCUUCUCUUUUCUUCUUCUCUGUUCUGUUUGCUGGGCUUUGCUGUACCAUUCUGCCCCCAGAGGUUACUGCUGGUACUGCUCCGUUUGGAUAGCCACAUCUUGCCAACGUUCCCACUGAGUGGUACGGUUCCGCGUUUUUAUGGUCCAGCGUAUUCAGGAGAACGUUUCCACCAUUGGGUGGAACUCUGACUGGGCACACAAACCCAAACAUGUAGGGUUGCAUCAUGCUAGCACCACGACAAACUUGACGCACUACCACGUCUGGUAAUGUUUCUCCAUCCUCAGUAGUCGGUGUUGUGUGACGCCAGUAGCUCCACCCUAACCGGACUGUACCUUGAGCUUUGGACCUACACUAACGAGGGACCAUGCAUGGUGAGGUACGGGUCGGUUGGGCAGGGAAACAGAACAGCGCUGUCCCAUCAGCAGAUUGGAAGAUAUUCAGGUGUUCAGGUUGUGUAAACCGUUGUGGUUGGGAUGGAGCAGAGUCCUUGCUUUACUUCCUCAUGGCUGUGGAGACCAGCAGCCUUUGGGUUGAGGUACCAGAACCAGUGAGUGGAUUGGUUCAUUCAAACUGGGUUUGAUGGUAGAGGAGGCCACCUCAGGCUGCUGUCCUAUUGGCCGAUGGCAGCAUGAUGGAUCGGGACCCAGAGGUUCUGAGCCUGGCUCCACAGACAUCUUCUAUCUCCAGAGGCCAUUUGAGUUGGACCUCGAAGGUUCCAGAAAGUACCGGGACCAGCUGCCGCUCUCACGGUGGCAGUUUAUUGGCUGAUUCUGAUCUCUGUUUAGGAUGGAAGCUCCUCCCACGUUGCCUCUUCCAUCCGCCUGCUGAUGGUUAAGGAUCGCACCCAGUGAAGGAGUUCCAGGGUUCUGGGUCCAUCCUUUCCUCUAACAGAAACGGAACAAAGCCCAGUUGGUACCAGAGGUUGAGCACCCCCUGCAGGCCGCCAUGGGAGCUGCAGCUGCCUGAGCGUCUGGCCUGUUGGAUGGCUGCAGGUGAGAAACACUGGAGGGUCUAUGAAGUGGCUCAGCAGGUGAGGAACACCUGGUGGCGCUCCACAGGUGAGCCGGGCUCCGUGGACAGGACCGGAGCGACGAGGGGGCGGAGUCACAUGGGAAGUGCAUGCCAUGGAGGUCAAAGGCCAACUCAUUUUAGCACCUGAGCCCCUCACCUGUCCAAGCAGGAAGCAAAAAGAGCGAAUGGCGGAGCUGCAGGAGAGGAGGCGGAGCCUGCAGGUUCUACUGAGCGCACGAUUGGCCGAGCUGAGGCGGAUCUGCCUCCAGGAGGCGGAGCUGACAGGUGCAGUGCCCAGCGACUUCCCCCUGGAGGCGGGCGAGAAGCCGCCCUGCGUCCGCAGACGAGCGGCGCCGACCCGCCAGGGGAACAGGAAGUGUCGAGCGGAGGAAGAAGACGGCCAGCGGCCCAAACCCAGAAAGACGCUGUUCAGCGCCGCACUGAGGAAACACAGCGACUCUGAGAACGGCACACACACUCACACCCACACACACCAUGGCAAGAGGACGGUGCACCGGGGUUGCCACACAGAUGAUACAGUGAGAUCAGAGAGCAGCUCCACAUCAGACUCAGCAGGAAACGACAACGACAACGGUGGGUCUCAGUGUCGCUCCCUGCUGGUUUCUGCUGGAUCUCCUGUGGAGGUUUUCAACCAGAACAAACCCAAGAAGUCGUCAGUGCUCAGCAGGACUGAACACCGUGAGAACACCAAGCCCCCUCCUCUGCCCCCCUCGCAGCCUCCCCCUCCUCCUCCUCGCUCCCAGGACUCCUCCUCCUCCUCCGACGUGGGGCGGGAGGCGGGCUGUCGGGCGUCGCGCCAGAGCAACGGCUCCAACAGCCUCCUGACCCACAGCACCCCCCCGGAGGACGAGGACGAGGGUGGGGCCCAGCAGGGGCCGCUGCGGCCCAACGGAGCCACCGUUUCCAGGGGAACGAACGCGGCCGGGUCAUUCUGGAGCUCUGAGUCGCUGACGGAGCGACGCAGCAGAAACCACCCCUCGGCCCCAGAGGGGGGGGUCCGUGUCCGAGGGGGGGGCUACAGCGAGGUUCUGCUGGACUACGUCUGGGAGAAGCAGCGGCAGCUGCAGCGCCAGCAGUCGCAGCCCAGCAGGCCGCUCCACAGCACCGGCUCCGCCCAGCAGCCCGCGGGAGCCCCGCCCGUCUACCGCGGUCACCACGGCGACCAGCGCAGAGUCACCGUCACCCGCACCAAGUCCUGCGGCCCGUUCCUGCCAGUGCAACAGAACCACGGUGACAUCACCAAACAGGUUCCGCCCACCAUCCAGCCAGACCCCCACCCCCACCUCCUGCCCCCCCGCCCGCCGCAGCUGCCCCCCCAGCAGGACUCGCAGCUGGAGGAGGCCACCCGAAGCCUCCACAAGGCCCUGGCCCUGGAGGGUCUGAGGGACUGGUACCUGAGGAACACCUUAGGAUCCACCCACCAGAACCAGGCCGGUGGAAAGGUCUCGUCAGCUGCCAACACUAAGCCGAGUGGUGGGGUCAAAGGUCAGACCGGAGGGGUUGGAGCCCUGCAGCAAAGACGCACGGCCCACGGAGUCCUCCAGCAGUCGCCCUAUCAGAGUCAUCACUACGCCGCGCCGCAUCACAAGCAGACGCUGCCGCACUCCGCCACGUUCCACGGACAUCCGCUGCAUGGGAGGUCUGUGGACAGCUCGCUCUACCAGGACUCCUGUCUGUCCCAGAAACAGGAAGUUCCUCUCAGAGACUUGGCGGUGGACCAGCCGUCUCCUGGGACUCUGGUCUGAUCACCAGCCAAUCAGAGGAACAGACUUGGACGGACUCCGGCCCGGUUCUCUGGGCCUCCUGUGAUUGGGUGAUGAUGAACCAGCUGACCCAGUUCAGAGACUACCCGAACACCCAGACGCCCCAUGCACCUUAAAGACAGGUUCGCCUCCCCAAGACCUUCAUCUGACCUGACAGGGUCAGCUAAGGACGACCAUCUACUCAUCAGAGUGUUCACUGGUCUCUGGAGGAGCCACAAACCUGAACCAGAACCAGAACCUGCCUGAA